UCAAGUGACAUCCAGGGGUGAUAGUUCAGCGCCAGACUACAGAUACAUCUUCUGCGUUUGGGAGGAGCAGCCCUCAGUUCAGUGCGCAGUCUGCUGGGACACUGUGAAGUUCCCAGAUCGUUCACCUAGGCACUACCUCUGCCUUUCCAUACUGUCACCUGUUUUUCUACUCCCCCUAUCAGAGUAUGGCCUCUGCAGAUGAGCCUCACUCUAACACAGAAGGCUCACCAGAUUAUGGAGAGAAGGAACAUAUGUCUGAUGUCCCUCAGACUGAAGAGAAUGAGGUUCUACUGCAAGAGAGAUCUUCUCUCCAGGACAGCACAGAAGAGUUUGAGAUAAUAGACAGUGCCGGGGAGGAAGGUGAUGAUUUGAGUGAUCUUCCACUUCUGGAGGAUAUAGAGAAGAAAGAUGCAAGUCCAGCAAAUGAUGAAGUCCAUGAAGAGCCAUUUGAAACAAAGCCCUCAGAGGAAGCAACUGAGGAAUGGCUAGAUGUUCUAGGCAAUGGAAUCCUAAAGAAAAGGGUUUUGAUCCCUGGGAAGGGAGCGGAGAGCAGACCAAGGAAGGGACAGGAUGUCACUGUGCAUGUAAAGACCUUACUUGAAAGUGGAGAAGUUGCGGAAGACGAAAAUUCUUUCAUCUUCACAUUAGGAGAUGGUGAUGUCAUCCAGGCUCUGGACCUGUGUGUUCAGCUCAUGGAAAUUGGAGAGACCUCACUCAUUACAUCAGAUGCCAAAUACUGCUAUGGCAAGGAAGGAAGGAGUCCAGAUAUUCCACCUAAUGCCAACCUGACCCUGGAAGUGUCACUCCUUGAUGCCAAAGAUAGUCCAGACCUGGAACUCUUGACUGGACAAGAGAAGCUGGAUUUGGCCAAUAGAAAACGAGAAAGAGGAAACUUCUAUUACCAGCAAGCGGAUUAUGUCUUUGCUAUAAACUCCUAUGACAUAGCUCUGAAAAUUGUUAAUUCUAGUUCCAAAGUUGACUUUACUGCAGAGGAGGAAACUGAAUUACUGGAUGUGAAGAUAAAAUGCCUAAAUAACCUGGCAGCUUCUCAACUGAAACUGGACCACUAUGAGGCUGCCUUGAAGUCUUGUAACAUGGUAUUGGAGAACCAGCCAGAAAAUAUCAAGGCUUUGUUUAGAAAGGGGAAGGUGCUGGCCCAGCAAGGGGAGUACAGUGAAGCUAUAGCUAUUUUAAGAAAAGCUCUAAAACUGGAACCCACCAAUAAGACCAUCCACGCUGAGCUAUCCAAGCUGGUGAAGAAGCACACAGAUCAGAAAAACGUAGAGACUGCCAUGUAUAAAAAGAUGCUCGGAAAUGUGGAUAGUUCUGCAUUCAAGACCGCUGCUAAGAAAAAUAAUUGGAGCAUCCCUUGGAAGUGGCUUUUCGGAGCAACAGCAGUGGCAAUAGGAGGUGUCGCCCUGUCAGUUGUAAUAGCCGCCCGUUAUUAAAUACCUAGCAUCCAAUUAUUUGGACUAAAGCCAUUAUACACAACUUGACUGGGAAGAUGAAGCACCCAACUCACAAAUUCUUCUUACCCCCAAAAUAAAUACUGUUAAUGGGGCAGGUACAAUCUGAAAGAGAAUAUAUGUAAUAUAUAGAUUUUUAUUUAAUAAUCAUCUCCACCUUUUUUUUUAUGUGAAAAUUUGUAUCUGUUUUUGAGAAACUGUGAUAUAAAAAUGGAGUUAGGCUUGCUUCCUAGUCUUGAACCAUGACAAGAUGGUUUAGUGAUACCUAAGUCCAGAAUCAAGUCAUAACAAGCCAAGUGGUAUGUGUUAUUGUGAAUCUAUAAUGUCCAGAGAUGUCUGUACACCCUGGAGUAAUAAGAUCUGACCUCUGACCAGCAAUUGUGGUUCCACCAGAUAUAGGACAGACAAGAAAUCUCCUGUCCUGUCACACCUGCAAUUCAUACAUUGUUAUAGUACAACGACAAAAAGACUUUCUAUCAAAAAUCAUUCCAUCACUUACACUUUUGAUGUAUAUGGAUUUGGUACAAUACAUGACAAUUAUACCAUAUGCUGCCUAAUCAAAGCUUAAAGUAGUAUCUAUUAUAAAACCAUAAGAACAAAAUUGGAAAAUCCUCUUUAGGGCUAGCUCCCUUUAAGGUUGUGAUAGGUAUGUUUAAAGAUUCUUUUUACAUUCCACCCACUAGGAAAGUGUUUUAUAUCACGUUAUUUGUUAAAGGUUUGUUAAUUGAAGCACUUACAAUGAUAGAUGUUUCCAAGUAUUUUAUUUCUCAUAAUCUUAAUAUCUUUUGCAGAUUUAGUUGUUCACACUCUGCAGUGCAAAAAAAUUACUCCCAGUUUGUCAGAGAAAAUAUAAACAGUUUCUUUGAUAACAAAAUAUUGAUGGAUGCAAUCCUCUUUAUUCAGUUAUUUUUAUUAUUCAGUAACUUUACUAAUUAAUAGUAACCUUUAUUAAUACAUUUUACUUGUACUAUCCCUAAGAAACCCCUAUAUAGUUAUUGAAAGUAUUCCAUAGACUUGGGACCUUCCUUUCUGCUAAAGGCCAUUGGGACAGCCUUCAACAGCAUAAUGUUGCUCAACAAUUAAGCUAGUUAUGUGUCAUAGAUUUAUUAAAUAUAGCUGUGCAUUGCAAAAGCAUUUUCAUAAACUAGAUGAGUUUUGAGGUGUACUGCUUUGUCCUUUAUUGGUUCCACAUUCAUAUUUACCUGUUUCUGUUAAAUAUAAUCUACCUCUUUAUUUAUCAUACUAUUAAGUCAUUUCUUCUCUAGUGGCUCAGUUCCAGUCAUCAGCACACCCCAACAGGCCUGAGAUUUAUAGACAUUGCGGCUUGAGCGCAAGUAUCUUGCAGAUUAUCCACCUGCACUUAAAGGGGCAUUAAAAUGUAUGCUUCUUGCUGUUGCAUAUAGUAUUUACAAUGCAUUUAUUUGAAUGUCGCUUGGUAUAAUCAAAAAAACUUCUGCCAUUCAUAUGGAAGAGCAGCAUUAAAGCACAAUUUAUACAUAGGGGAUUAAGAGAAAAUACCUAUCAGCCAAUGAGCUUUAGUAGGAGGUGCCUAUUGGCCACUGAAGAUUAGUACAAAGUAGGUAACUGAUACAACUGCAUUAGUUGCAAUAAAAAAGGUUUUAGUCAACAUAUUUUCAUAAAAAACUAAUUUUUCAGCUAAUAUACUUACAUUAAUUAAUAUACAUACAUUAAUGGGGUUGUAUGUUAUGAUGUAAACAGUUAAAGAGCUAAGCUUUGUCAUCAUAAAUCAAGUGUUAUUUACAACUGUAAAGAAAAAAAAUAAGGGGAGAAUAGAAAGUAAGGGAAAAAUUAAAGGGACAGUAAAGUCAAGAUUAAACUUUCAUGAUUCAGAUAGUGCAUACAAUUUUAAACAACUUUCCUGUUUUUACUUUUAUUAUCUAAUCUUUUUUGUUCUUUUGGUAUCUUUUGUUGAAAAGAAUACAUAUGUAGGCUCAGGAGCAGCAGUGCACUACUGGGAGCUAGCUGGUGAUUGGUGGCUAGUGCUACAUAUAUGCGUCAUCUGAUUUUCAGCUAGCUCCCAGUAGUGUAUUGUUGUUCUGAAGCUGACUUUUAUAGUGUGUUAACCUUUUUCCAGAGAUCAAACAUGCAAUUAUUUGCAAGCACAAGUGCAACAAUAAAAUGUUCUAUUUUAUGAGAUUAGAUAUUUUUUCAGGGACUUUUAUGUCCCUUUAAUUAGGAAGUAUUGUUUUGUAUAGUAUGUUGUUUAGAAAAGUAAACCAAUGUAUAGACUUUUUAUAAUAAUAAUAAAUAUAUUACCAGAGUGGGAGCCACAUGCCACUGGCACAUGUUGACUCCAUCUUAUGCCGUUUACUUCUUUUAUCUAAAUUGCUUCGUUAUCUUUGUUUCCUUUGUUGAAAAUCAUACCUAGCUCAGGAGCUGCAAUGUAUUACUGGGAGCUAGAUAAGAUGCUUGUUGAUGGCUACACAUAUACUGUAUGCCUCUUGACAUUGGCUCAACAAAGGAUGCCAAGAAAAUUCUGCAAAUGUGAUAAAAGAAGUAAACUGGAACAUUGUUUAAAAUGCAAUACUUUAUCUGAAUAAUGAAAGGUUUUCAUGUCCCUUUUAAAAAGGAAAUUGAGUGAGUGAAGAGGAAAGGGGAGUUUCUGUUCUUGAGAGACAAAUGCCUUAAACCUAUCCAACCCAUGAAAUGUAUAAAAGGGCAAACAAAACCCUCAGCACUUAUACAGGACUAGGAUGUCAUCCUGUUGUUGGGCCUACAUAUUAGUCAGAACCUAUUAGAAGUAAGGUUUAGCAAUCAUCUGCCGUUUUUAGUUUAGCAACCAGGAGCUGCUUAACUUCAAAUACAUUAAAAAAAUGUUAACUUGGUAGAAACAUUAUGAGCUUACUUUUAAGCAAACAGGUCCUUAAAGGGACAUGAAAGUAAAAUGAAACUUCUGUGAUUCAGUUAGAGCAUGCAAUUUUGAAUAACGUUCACAUUUUCUUCUAUUAUCAAAUGUAGUUGUUUUUCUUUGUUGAAGCGUAUACCUAGGUAGGCACAGGAGAGUGCAUGUCAUGUUCAACAGGAUAUAACUUUUGCUAAAAACGUUGUUCCAAUAUAGUGCUCAGGACAUUUGCACGCUCCUGUGCCUACCUAGGUAUGCUUUUCAACAAAGGAUAUCAAGAAAACAAAGGCAAUUUGAAUAAUGAACGUUUUAUUUUGAUGUUCCACUGUUAUAGUGUCCUGAGAACUGGAGCUGAGAAACACUGUUUUUACUCAAAUCAAGAAGCCUUUACCAUACAAUGCCACACUAAGACCAUGAUGUAUGUCAAUAAUUAUUUGAAUGCACUUAAUUAUCAAUUAAAAUGAUCUACCAUACUUUAAAGGGACAGUAAAGUUAGGAUUAAACUUUAACAAUUCAGAUAGAGUAUGCAAUUUUAAACUACUUUCCAAUUUCUUCUAUUAAUACAUUUGCUUUGCUGUCUUGGUAUCCUUUGUUGAAGAGUAAACCUAGUUAGACCCUGGGGCAGCAAAACACUACUGAGAGCUAGCUGAAUAACCAAUGACAAAGAGGCA